AUGCUUACUCAACUGUGCACAGGACCAUCGGAGGUGACUGUCUUCGAGCCUGAGGUACUAGGAGCAGUUGAUGGUCCAGGAAGUCACUGCACAAAGGCGGUUUGGUACGAUGCUCUUCAGCCGGAGAGCCUCGUAAACACUACGCGCGACAACGGUAUUCACACCCAGCGUCGUCGUAUGUGGAAUAAUGCGUUUACUCCCCAAGCUUCGACUGCGUCUGACGAACAGAAAGCUCUUUCGGGAUACGAAGACCAGAUCGUCUUUUAUGCGAGAAGAUUCGAAAACGAAGUCGCAAGAUCAAUUGGAAGCCCUGUCGAUGCGUCGUCCUUGAUAUACAAAUUCACUUUCGAUCUGAUGGGCGAAAUCGCUUUCUCAAGGAACGCCGGUCAGGACCGUCUUCGAGAUCAGCAAUGGCACGCUGCCAUGACAGCACUACAGAAAGGCAUGGCUCUGUUGGGUCCAUUGAGUCCUGUCCCGUGGUUGCUACAUAUCGGUCUCAGUCUACCGUUCAUCCCAAUUGUUCGGGAUUGGAACAGCAUGGUCGCCUUCUGCAAAAGCUGCAUAGAUGAUCGUAUCAAGGUAGAUAACCUGUCCAGUGGCACGAUCUGUGACCCUCGUAUGGCAUUAGAGAUGACUAAGUGUGUGCCGGUCGACCAGCUCGAGGAAACCGAUCACGAUAUAUCGUCAUGGUUGAUCGAUUCAUCCCAGGCGAAGACCCUUUCCGAGGAGGAAAGAGUGAAAUGGCUGUAUGGCGACGCCAUCACAAUGGUGAUUGCAGGCAGGUGA